AUGUGCACUUUCAGUUUCGGGCAUUUGGCUACGGCGACGGCGAAGCGGAAGCCAGUGUUCGUGAAAGUGAACCAACUCAGGCCAGCCACGGCGGGCCACACGCUCGUCGUUAAGGUGCUCAGCUCCGAGGCCGUCCCCCAGAAGCCCGGCGCCGGUGCGAACCCUGGCCCGACGGGAAGGCCCACUAGGAUCGCCGAGUGCCUUGUCGGCGACGAGACCGGCUCCAUCCUCUGCAGCGCCCGCGACGAGCAGGUUGACCUGCUGAAGCCCGACAAAACUUUGACCGGCAAAACUGUUAUUCUCCGCAAUGCAAAGAUUGAUAUGUUCAAAGGGACAACAAUGAGGCUUGCUGUGGACAAAUGGGGCCUCGUUGAAGUCACUGAACCGGCAAACUUCAAUGUGAAGGAGGACAACAAUUUUUCACUUAUUGAAUAUGAGCUUGUCACUUUUCAUGCUGGUUAA